AUGCCGCAGCUGAGCCCGCAGCAGCUCCGAGGGCGUGAGGAGCUGCACUUGGCACACCUGGUGCUCAGCUUCAUCACCAUGGGCUACGUGUGGCAGGAGGGAGAGGAGGGCACCGUGCAGGUCCUGCCCAGAAACCUCGCUGUCCCCUUCUGGGAGGUGUCCCAGGCCCUGGGCCUCCCACCCAUCCUCAGCCAUGCAGAUUUUGUGUUGGCCAACUGGAGGAGGAAGGAUCCCAACGGGAACCUGGACACGAUCAUCACACUGCCUGGGGGAGAGAGCCUGAGGGGCUUCAUCCUUGUCACCCUGCUUGUGGAGAAGGCAGCUGUGCCUGGCAUUAAGGCAAUCCCCCAGGCCCUCGGUGCCACCCUGCAGGGGGAUGAGGAGUCCCUGCACAGAGCCCUGGAGGAGCUGGCAGGGGCCAUCGAGGCCAUGAGGGAGGCACUGAGGAGGAUGCACGACUAUGUGGACCCAGAAGUAUUCUACUCUGUGAUCCGGAUCUUUCUCUCUGGCUGGAAGGACAACCCUGCCAUGGCCCACGGGCUCGUCUACGAGGGGGUGUCCGCGGAGGCGCUGGCGUUCUCGGGGGGCAGUGCGGCGCAGAGCACGGUCCUGCAUGCCUUCGAUGAGCUCCUGGGCAUCUGCCACCGCCAGGACUGCGCCGCCUUCCUGCUCAGGAUGAGGGAGUACAUGCCCCCGGCACACCGAGCCUUCGUGGAGCAGAUCCGCGGCGCGCUGUCCCCGCGGCACCUCGUGCUCUCCUCGGGGAACGCGCGGCUCCGCGCCGCCUUCAACCGCUGCGUGUCGGCGCUGGCAGAGCUCAGGUCCUACCACAUCACCAUUGUCACCAAGUACAUCGCUGUGGCAGCCUCCAAAGCCAAGGCCAGGCAGGCAGAGCUGAACAGGGCUGGCCCUGCUGUGGGAAAGGCGCCGUCAGCACUGGAGGAUAAAGGAACUGGAGGGUCGCACAUCUUCAGCUUCCUGAAGAGCAUCAGGGACACCACCAGGGAGGGGAUGAUAAGGGCCUGA